AUGAGAGGCCAAAGGCCAGAUGAGAUGAUCACCCCUGCCCCAGCACGACACACCGCAAUACCGCCUUCGACCUUGCAGAGCAGCAGAACCCGUCAAUCUCAGCCAGAGCAGGUCCUUCUAGCGCACGAUAAAGCAAGAGAACUUAACAAAAAACUCGGAGCCGCCCAUCAGGAAAUCAGUCGGCUGCAUGAGAAGGAUUCUCAAACUAGCGAUCGUGAGUUAGGUUUGGAGCGCAAGGUAUUGGAUCUUGAAAGAGAGUUGCGCGAGGCGAACGUUCGAUUAGAGGAGCGCGAGACCCGGGUCAGUAAGCUGGAGCAGGAUAGAACAAUUGUCAGUGGUCAGAUCGAUGCUCAGGAGCAGGAACGGCAGAAAGCGAUCCAGGCCGCCGAAGAGAAAGUUAAAAAAUCUGAAGCAAAAGCUCUGGCCGCAAAAGAAGAACUGAGCAAGCUUAAGGAACGUUACUCAUCCUUGGAUCAACUCGCAAGAUUAGCCACCCAUAACGAAGCACGCGCCAAACAACUUUCCUCGGACUCCGCAGCACGCAUCCAAUUGCUUGAAGACGACAAGUUACGCUUACAGGCGGAGAACGAUCAACUCAAAUCGAGCAUCGCCCAACACCUAUCCGACAUCGAGAAACUUCGUCAAGAGAAAAAUCAGCCCGUUGUCUCGGCCGAUUCAUCGUCCAAUCGGGAUGUGCUCAGGAAGGAAUUGAUCCGUAGGUUUCCCGCCCCUCUACUCGAUCCAGCACCUCUCAUUGACGUGGCUCAUCUUAUUGGUAUGUACGCAGGUCAAGUUGAUCAAUACAAAGCUAUGGAACAAGCCAAUUCACGCAUGGCACGUGAGCUUGUGUCAUUGAGAUCUCGCAACACCAACGUCGAACUGCUCAAUGAAGAAAACCACGCGCUCAAACAACGCCUCAAGCACUUCGAUCAUUUCCGGCAGCAGUUGGCCUCAACCGAAGUCAAGCUUUCCAAGCUUUCACAAGAACGGGCCGAGUGGGACGUGUUCCUCCAGGAACACCGACAGGAAUUCAAAAGUCCUCACGAUUUCUUCAAGUCGCUCGCCAAGAAGCGAAUCGAAAACGCAAGCUUGAAAGCCAGAUUGGGCUCGAGGGAGUCUGAAAUCAAGAGUCGUGAUCGAAUGAUUGGCGAGUUGGAGGCCCGAUUGGAGGAAGUCGACAAGGAACGGAACAACGAGUUUGCUGAAAGGAUUAAAGCUCAAGGCCAAGCUCAAAUAGCCGAACGAAACAGAGACUUGGACAGACGAAGGAUUCAUAUGUUGAAUGAACAACUCAAGAGCUACACCACCGAGGAGAAAUCAUUAUGUGAUGGGGCCAAUUAUGAUCAACAAAAAGAUGCGCAAAUGGUCCAGUUGAAAGAACUUCUUGAUAGUCAUCAAGAUGAACUUGCUCGUGUUCAACGCGAAGCGGCGGACCUUCGCCAACAACUUCACGCCCAAUCAGGUCGUUCGCCAUCUGUAGCCACAACUGCCGAAUCACGCAAUACCGAAAAGGGACCAGCUUUGACUACCUCCUUAUCCGAGCAGAUCGAUCGCAACGAAGAGCUCGAGAUGGAGUUGGAUGAAUUGACGGAUGCGAACGAGAUGCUGAAGUUGGAGGUGGAUUCAUUACAACUUCAGGUUCAUCGGCUAGAGCGGGACCUUGGCCGGGGGGAAUACAAUCCAUCGACGACUCAAGUGUUGUGUCCGGAAGGUUCGCCGGUCGAAGUCGAACAGGCCAUCCGAAGUUCGAUGCUAGAAAGCUUGAGGGCAGAGAACGGAGCGCUGUUGAAGCAGAUCUCGAAGCUCGAGAAGGGGAUAAAGCCGAGUGGAGACGAAGUAUCGGAGAGUUUAGUCCCACGAGAAUCGCUAGUCACGAGUCGCAAAGAGAUCGAGCGACUGGAAGCUGAGGUGGCCAGACAGAUCAAGGCCCGGGAGAGACUGUGUGAAAUGUAUCGGGAAACAACGGCAACCUAUAAGCGAGCGAUCUGGGAGAUCUUGGGGUACAGUUUGGAGGCCGUGGCCAAUGGGGAAUUCCGGCUGCGUUCGGCACUCAAAGACGAAAGCAGUUCGACGAUGUUGUUCGUCCCGGGGAAAGCCGACGGCGGCCAGUUCGAAUUCAAACCUAAUCCUAAUAGCUCCUUCCAUCAAUCUUCUCUCGUCGUCAAUCUAUACGAUCAUUGGGUUCAUCAUCGACAUUCCAUUCCUUGCUUCACCGCAGCUUUAACUCUUGAUUUACACAAGUCCAAGUCUUCUUCCUCAUCUUCCUAA